AAAUGUGGUUCUUUUCAUUACUUAGGAAAAGGGUUGUCCGGAGUUGUGAAAGAAGAGAGAGAAUAUAAACUUCUCUCUCCAAAACACUACUUGUUCUUCCAAAUUCUUUCUUCUUCACUCAUGUAAGGAAUGAUUCGCUAGAAUUUCACGUUUCGAUGAAAAUGGAAUUCGCUUUGGGAGGCUAAGUUGGUGGCUGCAAAAAUUCUUGGACGAUCAAUCUUCUCGAGAAGGAGAUGAGUUGCUUUCCUUGCGUAAGCUUUAGGCGUGAGGAUGUACUAGACUAUGAUGAAGAUAUAAACCUAAAAUCCAUCGAAAAAUUAGUUGAUGCAAAGGGAAAGGGAAGUGUCAAGGUUGAAGAAGACGAAGAGGGCGAGGGGCGAGGGCGAGGGAGAGAGAAAGGCAUUUCGAAGAAGGGAAACAUGGCCCGGAGCUUCACGUUCAAGGAACUCGCGGCCGCUACCCAGAAUUUCAAGGAUGCCAACAUGAUCGGGGAAGGCGGGUUUGGCAACGUGUACAAGGGCCGGCUCGACUGUGGCACGGUGGUUGCUGUGAAGCAACUGAAUCUCGAGGGGCUUCAAGGGCACCAAGAAUUUGUGGUGGAGGUGUUGAUGCUGAGUUUGCUGCACCAUCCCAACCUUGUGAAUCUCAUCGGUUACUGCACUCACGCUCAACAAAGGCUCUUGGUUUAUGAGUUCAUGUCCAGAGGCAGCCUCGAGAAUCAUCUCUUUGAUCUAGAGGCGGAUCAAGAGCCACUGAGUUGGGCGACGAGGUUGAAGAUUGCGGUUGGGGCGGCUCGUGGGCUCGAAUACCUCCAUUGCCAGGCAAAUCCACCGGUGAUAUACCGCGAUCUGAAAUCGUCGAACAUAUUAUUGGACAGCGACUUCAACGUGAAGCUGUCCGAUUUCGGGCUGGCCAAGCUGGGGCCGGUGGGCGACAACACCCACGUCUCCACGCGAGUCAUGGGAACCUACGGCUACUGCGCCCCGGAAUACGCCAUGAGCGGCAAGCUCACCUUGAAAUCCGACAUCUACAGCUUCGGAGUCGUGCUGCUCGAGCUCAUCACCGGCCGCAAGGCCAUGGACUUCAGCAAGAAACCGGGAGAGCAAAAUCUUGUCGUAUGGUCGCGGCCAUUUCUAAAGGAUCGGAAAAGGUUCAUAGAGAUGGUGGAUCCUCUACUAGAAGGGCGGUACUCGGCGAAGAGCGUGCAGCACGCCAUCGUUGUGACGGCAAUGUGUCUUCAAGAGCAGGCGAACAAUCGGCCGAGCAUCGCAGACAUAGUGAACGCGCUGGAUUACUUGCAGGAGGAGAGAUCGCCAUCUAACACCAACCUUAAUGUCUCCUUGUCUUAGCUAGAUCCAUCACUAGAUCUUCAUUUUCAUUCUUUCUUUACAACUGCAUAUGUAUAUAUAUACAUCACUUAUAUAUAUAUAUAUAUGUAUGUGUUUAUGUGGAUGAAUCAGUCCCAAAGCGAAUUAGACAUUCAUAUUGAGAUUAGCUUCAUGCCUUUAAUUGAAGCUGUAUCUUUGUGAGCUUUUUACCUUUGUAGCAUCUACCUUAAAAUCAUACCAUCUUUGUUUCCA